AGCCGACAGCCGACACCGGCGGCCAGGGGGCGGGGACAGGACCGGACAGCCACACCCACAUUUAGCGCGCACACCUUGAUGGGCUUUAAAAAUCGUGGCCUUUAAGACCGGCCUGUCAGACUUCGCAGCCAAGAAUCUGGAAUCAGCCGGGGGGAAAAAAAACAACAAAACAAACCCAAACACUUUGUGUGGUCUUCCAAGGAACUUUGUUCAGGGCUCUCUCGCCUCCCUCGGGAAAUUAUGACUUCCAGCAGCACAGACCAGCGCCUGGACCAUCUCCUGAGCGCCGUGGAGAGCGAGUUUCAGAAGGGCAGCGAGAAAGGGGACGCGUCGGAGACGGAUAUAAAAGUCGGGUUGGAAGAUGUGGAUCUCUGGGCGAAGUUCAAGGAGCUGACGAACGAAAUGAUCGUAACCAAGACGGGAAGGAGGAUGUUCCCGGUGCUCCGAGUCAACGUGGCGGGACUGGAUCCCAACGCGAUGUACUCCGUGCUGCUGGACUUUGUGGCGGCCGACAACAACCGGUGGAAGUACGUUAACGGGGAGUGGGUGCCCGGGGGCAAACCGGAGCCCCAGAGUCCCAGCUGCGUCUACAUUCACCCGGACUCGCCCAAUUUCGGGGCCCACUGGAUGAAAGCGCCGGUAUCCUUCAGCAAGGUGAAGCUGUCCAAUAAACUCAACGGCGGGGGACAGAUCAUGCUGAACUCGCUCCACAAAUACGAGCCCCGGAUUCACAUCGUGAAGGUCGGAGGGGUUCAGAAGAUGAUCAGCAGCCAGUCGUUCCCGGAGACGCAGUUCAUCGCCGUGACCGCGUACCAGAACGAGGAGAUCACUGCACUCAAGAUAAAACACAACCCAUUUGCCAAAGCAUUUCUUGAUGCAAAGGAGAGGAGUGACCACAAGGACCUGCCAGACCCUUCAGGAGAAACCCAGCAACCUGGUUACUCGCAAAUUGGUGGAUGGUUUCUGCCCGGCAACGGCUCCAUCUGCCCCAGUACCAGCCCCCCUCAGUUCACCGGAAACCCUGGCCUCUCCUCGGGCUCGUACUGCGAGAGAUACUCGGGGCUGAGGGCACACAGGGCUGCCCCCUACCCCAGCCCCUACCCACACCGCAACGCCAGCACAAACACGUACAUGGAUACCUCCUCCCCCAGCCUGCCUGCUCACGACAGCUGGACCUCCCUGCAGAUCCCCAACUCCAAUGGGAUGCCCUCUCUCUCGCAUACCACCAACACGGUCUCUAACCCAAGCCAGUACCCGAACCUGUGGUCAGUUGCUGGCACGCCCCUGAACCCUGGGUCUCCGUCGGGGUCAAUCACGGGCGGCCUGACGUCCCAGUUCCUCCGCAGCUCCUCCGUCUCCUAUUCGGGGCUGACCUCCUCUAUCCCAGCAUCCUCGGCCUCCCCCAUGUAUGACAACAGCCUGGGCGAAGUGGGCAGCGGCGAGGCCCAGUUUGAGAGCUCCAUCGCCAGACUGGCGGCCUCCUGGGCGCCAGUGGCCCAGACCUACUGAGCGCCACCAGCUGGACAAGCAGACCGUUUUGACCCCUGCCACAAGGAAAGAGAGAGGACCACACCAGGUUUUGGAGCACAUAAUGGGUUCAGCACAGGAGGACCCCUGAGGAACUUCAGUAUCGACCUUCUACCUCGGUGAAAUCUCUUCGUGCAACUGUGGGACAGACGCAGGCUCUUCCUUCCAAAGUAACAAUCAGACAGUGAAGGCCCACUGCCAGGCGCUUCCCAAUCGGUCUGAUGUGAAGGCCAGUUGACUCUGAUGCUGCAUGAAGCCAGAUCAGAUCCUGUACAAAUGUUUUUGAUACAUUUCCUAUGGAAUUCUGUCACCGGGUUGAACUCGAAUGCAGUGACAUAAUGGGAUGAACAUAGUUUUGCAGAAUUGAGGUAUCGGUUUAGCCCUGCAGUUUGUAAAUGUGUUCAUACCAUCUUAUUUAAAAAGGGGUUCUAGAUGAGGGGAAGCAAAAAAAAAAACAGGAUGUAGUCUUGAGAAUAACGCUAGGUUUUGUUAUUCACUGCGACAUCCAUCUUAGUCUUAAAUCCGGCAUCACCACGAAAACAAUGAGGUAUAUCACGGGUGUCAACAAACACUACCUUCAUUGAUAAUAGUGUGGGUCAAUCUUAAAAAGUUAUAUAAAACAUCAAAAGUAAAAAAUAUGAAUGAUCAGUUUUGUUAUUCAAACUAUUUUUAAUAUAAACGUGCAGCUGAUCUACAGAUAUAAAGAAUGCCUUAAUUAUGACUCCUCUCUAUAACACCUUUGUACAAGCUCCUCAAGAAAAGGAAAGCCUUUUCCAUGCACAAUUCCUUUGGUUUUAAAAAGACUUGGGGAUGGGGGACACUUGUUUCAGCCUGCUGGGAGGGAAGUCAUUCUUGUCAUGUCAAAUGUCCAUUUAAAUAUGUCUGUCAGCCCUUCCUUCCACCUGUGCCUUUGUGAGAUGUCCUCAUAACAUACUGUAUAUAUUUUGUUUAUUUGUACGUGCUGAACAUGGUGAUCUUUAUUUAUGUAAUUUUAAAAGUAAAUUAAUUUGCUUGUUUUCAAGAACAUCCUAGUUGCAAGCAGUAUGUAGUUUUUAAUCUUGCACACUCUUGCCUGAAUAUAUCCAUUCACACAAACCUCCUCGUGCCACUUUCUUUAGUAAAGAAGACCGCAGUGGUCUAGGGUGAUUAUACCAGGACACCAAGUCCACAACUGGUCUAGCCAGAGGCCCAGCAGCUUGUCAUGCAGUGUAGCUGUAGAGUGUCCUAUUUAAUAAUAAUUUCUUACACUUAUGUAGCGCUUUUUCUGGACACUCCACUCAAAGCGC